AUGCUUGUACACGGUGAAGGAGAAUUGUUAGUGCCGGCGCACCUGAAUUUUGGGAAGUACGUGCUGGAUCGUCUGCGGAAAGCGAAACCCCAUCGAUUAUGUUUCCGCAACUGUACGAGGAACGACCAGCUGACGUACGCUGCGUUCACGCAGCAUGCGGUUAGAGUGGCCAGUGCGUUGGCACAGCGGGUGGUCCGCGGAGACACGGUGGCCGUCAUGGGCGAGCCGAGGGCCACGCUGCUGCCGACUGGGCUUGGGAUUAUGCUGGCGGGCGCUACGUACACGCCUAUCCCUCUUGACUGCGGAACAGCUGUCUUGACACACAAGUUAACACUAACGAAGCCAAAAUACGCUUUCUGCAGCCGUUUAUUCUGGGAAACGCACAGCGACGUACUGAAGAAAUUGGACUUCAUUAAGUCCUUCAUAUGUUUCGAUGGCGUCAGCGCAGACAUUGAGUCGCUGGAGACUUUUGCGUCAAAUGUAGACGUGGACGUAGACACGUAUGACCCAGUUAGAGUGAACGGCGCGACUGAUGUCGCCAUGAUUUUGUAUUCCUCUGGGACGACGGGGCUGUGCAAGGGACUGCAGCAUACUCACCUGAACUGUAUUGCCCAAUGUGACCCACAAUGGUGGUUAGACUUUGAAUCUUUGGAAACCGUCUACUUCGCGGGAUCACAUCUGUGUGGAGCAUACGGGAUUUUCCGGGCUUAUCCAUUUUUGUGCGCCGGCAAAACAAUUGUUAAUACAGAAGAUAUCCAUGUAGACUUGAAAGUUAUACAGGAUUAUAAGGCGAACACAAUCCCCACCAUCCCCGCCUUGGUUGAUGAGCUGAUCAACGCUAAGACAGAGGAGUAUGAUCUCAGCUCUCUGAAGGUGAUUAUCUCCGCCACUGCACCCCUUCUGCCUUCACUGGCUGAGGCUUUCUCGAAGAAGGUAGUGGACGUAGAAACGCGAGCAAUCCUUGGACCAAACCAGCGCGGGGAGAUUUGCGUCCGAGGCCCACGAGUCAUGAAGGGAUACCUAGGUGUACCCUCGCCAAUAGACGAGGAAGGUUUCUACUUGACGGGGGAUCUGGGGUACUUCGAUGACAAAAAACACUUCUACCAUCUGGACAGGCUGAAGGACAUCAUUCUAUCUACCGGAUAUACGGUAUCCCCAGGCGAGGUGGAGGUAGUCCUUCUUGGGCAUCCCGCGGUGUUGGCGGCGGCUGUGGUAGGCAAGCCGGCGGAGAAAGUCACGGAGAAGCCCACGGCCUUCGUGGUGCUCCGCCCCGGGGCCUCCGCCACUGAGGCCGAGCUGGUCAACUUCGUGGACCCUCAGGUCCCAUGGUACAUGCGACUGACUGGUGGGGUGAGGUUCAUCGCUGAGCUCCCCAUGAGUCCCGAGAACAAAAUCCUGCGUCGAAAACUGAAGGAGACACUGAUUGAGGAGGCCAAGUCGGAAGGAUAA